UGCGCGUGCGUCAAGAGGAAGAGCCGUAAGUCUCUCCAAAAUGGCGACGACCAUAGAAAGUGGCAAUGCAGGAGCUGCGAAUAAAAAAAAACACCUCGGAAUCCCAGAAGCAAUAUUUGUGGAAGAUGUGGAUGCGUUCAUGAAACAGCCUGGCAAUGACACAGCAGACGCUGUGCUGAGAAAGCUGGAUGAACAAUAUCAGAAAUAUAAAUAUAUGGAGCUUAAUCUGGCUCAGAAAAAACUCAGGUUGAAAAGCCAGAUUCCACAAAUCAAACAGACGUUAGAAAUCUUACGACAUAUGCAGAAAAAGAAGGAGACUACAAAUCCCAUGGCAACACAUUUUCUGUUGGCUGAUAAUGUCUAUUGCAAGGCCUCAGUCCCGCCCACAGAUAAAGUGUGUUUGUGGCUUGGGGCUAAUGUAAUGUUAGAGUACGACAUCGAUGAGGCCCAGGCACUGUUAGAGAAAAACUUGGCGACAGCUUCUCGGAAUUUGGACUCUCUAGAAGAGGACCUGGACUUCCUCAGAGACCAGUUCACAACCACUGAAGUCAACAUGGCACGUGUUUACAAUUGGGACGUCAAGAGAAGGAGCAAAGACAAUCUCCUCAAAUCUGCUGAGCGGUCUUAGAAGAGGAGCCUUUUUUGGUCCCACCCAACCCAAAAUCUUUCUGAAAUUUCACCCUCAUGUAUCUGUUUGCACCAACGCCAACUGUUAUCUAUUGAUUUAUUACUUUUUCAAGUAUUUUUUCAAGUAAAAGGUGAAAAACGUCAAACAAAAGUAAUAACAACUGUUUUCUUGUUUUCUUUGACUAAUUAUUAGCGGUGUUUUAGAUGGGGUUUCUACACGGGGUCUACACAUUUGUCUUUCUCUGUGCCCCUUUUGCUCUCUUUUGUUAUCUGGUUAAGGUCUGAGAUUUCAUUUUUCUUAAACUGUCUUUCUGUGGAAUUGCCAUAUUGUGGUGAGAAGGCCAUUCAGAAUGCAGCAUGAAAAUACAAGGAGGGACAUCUUAUUUCUUCCUUUUCUUUCACUCUUCCACAUCUGAUGCCUGUUCUUUUCACCUGGUCUUUCAUCUGUACUUAUUUGAAAUAUUGUAUCCAUUAAACACUGAACAAGGAACAAAUAAUGAAGCGAUUUGGGAAAGGCACAAAAUCAA